AUGGGUCUUCUCAGUGAAGUCUAUGAGUUUUGUGACUGCUCUCGCAGUCAUGAGAAGCUAAAGAAAUACAAGCAAUUACAGACGGUGGAGAUCAAAGUGAGGAUGGACUGUGAAGGGUGUGAGAGAAUAGUGAAGAAAUCAGUGCAGGGCAUGAAGGGAGUCACACAGGUUGAGGUGGACCGCAAGCUGAGCAAGCUCACCGUGAUUGGCUAUGUGGACCCCAACAAGGUCUUGCAUCGUGUCAGGCAUCGGACGGGAAAGAAGGCUGAUUUAUGGCCCUAUGUACCGUACGAUGUUGUUCCGCAUCCGUAUGCUCCGGAGGCUUAUGACAAGAAGGCCCCGCCUGGGUACGUGCGGAACGUCCUGGAGGAUCCGGAGGCUUCGGCUAUCGCACGUGCCAGCUCCACUGAAGUGAAGUAUACGACGGCGUUUAGCGACGACAAUCCAAAUGCAUGUGUGCUCAUGUAAUUGUUAUCUAAAUACGUUCUAAUUGCACUCAUAAAUUUUGAAAAGCUUCAGUAGUAAGUAGCAGUA